AUGAGCAGUGAUGGAAAUUGUAUGGGCAUUAAGAGACCUUCUUUGUUCUUUGUUAUAUUCGAUUUUAUCAUUUUCAUUGUGCUUAUAAUUGGACUUUUACAAAUAGCCUAUUCUGCGGAUAAUAACAAAGCUGCAAAAUAAAAAAAUGGGAGAAAUAGGUUCGGAAGUUUAGAUGAGGAAAAGAAGAGUAAAGAUAAAGACAAAUUUAGCGACUCUUCCAUGAAACUUGACUCUAUCGUUGACAAUACUCUAAUGGACAUGAUUACUAAUAAUAUAAACGGAGAAGGAGCUUUGUAAGACAUGGAAUCCAUGCCAGAUAACACUGAUUUUUCAAAUAUUGGUGGAGGGGAUUCACCUUUCUAACAUAGUAGAAAAAGAGGUGAGUCUGAGUUAUCAUAGUAGCAAAUGAAUAGAAUACUUUUCACCUUCCAAAGUGACAAUAACUUUUUUGAAAUGAAAAGACCCAGAAUAUAAAGUGAGAUCAAUCUCCAUAGGUUUGAUGAAGUCAGAAAUAAUGGAAUAAUUCGUACGAAUUCCUCAAUGAAAAAAUAAAGAAGACCUACAUACAGCUUUCACAGCAAUAGAACAAAAAUUUCAAUAGCUCACUCAGCAAAUAGUGAUGCAAUAAUCAACGAUGAUUCAGUUUAUGGAAUUUCUCAAGAAAGGAGACGCAAACUAACUAUGGUACUUUUUGGGUCUCCAAUCAUAGAGGACGAUAACGAUUAAUCACAAAAAAGUUUUAAACUUGAUUCUGGGUAGCAAUCUCCAUAUGAUGAGAUUCGAAUUUCUGAUGAAGAUGUUGCUGUGGGUCGUAGUAGUAUUAUCAAAUGUAAGACUUUAAGAUGA